AUGGUAGCCAUCCCCUCCAACGGCUAGCUCAUGGCCACUCACAACUACUACCAGUGCCACCUGGGUCCCGCUUCCAGCAACGGCUCCUGUGGAAGUGCCGAAUACCUUUGGGAAGUCCUCCCCCACCACACGACUUCUUUUUGGGGAAGUCCAUGCUCCCAUUCAUGGCCACAGUGUUGGAGUCCCCGGAGCACUUGGAAUCCCCCCAGGCCUCCAGCAACAUUAUCACUUGUAGCCUGGCUCAUGAAGCCACAAGGAUGCUGCUCAGGGACCAGCCCAGCAGAGCCAGAGCCAGGCUCCCAUCCUGACGAGCCCCAGGCUUCCAGAGCGCUAGGCCAUCAGAGCCCCUCCUGCCCAUCCCAGUCCCAUGCCAUAGACUAA